AUUGUGCAGGAUGGGUAUGGGGUUGAAGGUGCGGUGGCUAAAGUGGAGAGUUUGAAGCAUGUUUUGAGAGAAUCAGGCGAUUGUUUGGAGCGUUUGGACCUAAUUGAUGCAGCCCAACGCCUAGGCAUUGACAACCAUCUCCAAGAGGAAAUUGAAGCUGUUCUAAAGCGGCAAUACUUCUUAUUGAAUGCGCUUCAAUUUGAUCCAAUGAUUGAUCUUCACAAGGCUGCUCUCCUUUUUCGACUUUUGACUCAACAGGGCUUCCUUGUCACUCCAAAUUUGUUUAAGAUUUUCUUGGACGAGGAGGGGAAGUUCAACAAAGAGCUAAGGCAUGAUAUCAAGGGGCUGACAAGUUUACAUGAAGCUUCGCAGCUAUGCAUGCAUGGAGAUGAUAUUCUUGAAGAAGCUCAAAAUUUCAGUAGCCAUUGGCUAAACGCUUGGGUUGUUGUUCAUGUCAACCAUCAUUCAGCCACUUUCGUUCAUAACACUCUACUUCAUCCUUAUCAUAAAACCUUGCCCCAAUUCAUGUUGCCUAACUAUUUUGGCGACAACCAAUGGACAAACAAAUGGAUACACACUUUGCAAGGCGUAGCAAAAGUGAAUUUCAAUACAACUCAACGCUUACGCCAAUACGAACUUAACCAAUUCACAAAAUGGUGGAAAGAAUCAGAUUUGGGUAGAGAGCUGAAUUUUGCAAGAAAUCAGCCCAUGAAAUGGUACAUCGCGUCGCUAUCGUGUCUGACGGAUGUGUGCCAUUCUGAACAGAGAAUCCAACUCGCCAAAGCCAUUGCUUUUGUUUAUCUUAUUGAUGAUAUCUUUGAUGUAUUUGGAACGCUGGAAGAGCUCACCAUGUUCACAGAAGUUGUUUGUAGAUGGGAUUUGGUUGCUGCUGAAAAGUUACCAAGCUGCAUGCGUAUAUGCUUCAAAUCUCUAUUUGUAGUUACGAAUGAAAUAAGUGACCAAAUAUAUCAAAAGCAUGGUUGGAAUCCAGCUACCUCCCUACAGACAGCGUGGGGUAAAUUGUGCAAGGCAUUUUUAGUUGAGGCAGAAUGGUUCAGCUCAGGGCAUUGGCCAAGUGCAGAAGAAUAUUUAAGAAAUGGCAGAGUUAGCACGGGCGUCCACGUUACUUUAGUUCAUGUUUUCUUUCUUCUUGGACACCAAAUAAGGCAGCAAACCGUGGAGCUUUUGGAGGGGGAUUUAGAUAUUGUUUGGUGCAGUGCUACAAUAUUGCGGCUUUGGGAUGACAUGGGAAGUGCCAAGGAUGAGAAUCAAGAGGGGCGUGAUGGGUCGUACGUAAAAUACUACAUGAAGGAGCAUCCAAGCACGUCCUUUAAUGCCACACAAAAGCAUAUUAUGUGGAAGAUUUCUGAAGCCUGGAAGAGUUUGAAUAGAGAAUGGCUGCAUUGUAAUCCAUUGUUUCCUUCCCAAUUCACUCAAGCUUCUCUUAACAUUGCCAGAGCAGUUCCUUUGUUCUAUAGUUAUGGCAGAAACCAGUCCUUUCCCACCUUCGAGCAGCAUAUGGAACGAUUGCUCUUUCAUAGCCUGGAUAUUUAGUUC